UGAGGGAUUUAUCGUACAAACCUGAGAGAAAAAAUGGGAAGUGGCAGCACGUAUUUGACACUGACAAUGUUAGUGAUCGCAGGAUGUUUAAUCUGUAACACAAAAGAGGUUUCUGCGCAAUGUGGAGGAAGUUUGCCAGAUCUGAUAUCGCAGUGCCAACAGUAUGUGCAGAAAACAGGACCAAAGAUUAAACCUUCAGCAGCUUGCUGUGCAGUGCUGAAACAAUUCAAUGUGCCAUGUGCUUGCAAACUCAUUACCAAAGAAGUUGCAAGCCUUGUCAGUAUUCCAAAAGCUGUGUUCAUGGGACGCUCUUGUGGUUUGAAUCUUCCCGCAGGAAUGCAUUGCGGAGCUAUUGUAAUUCCGCCGGCGCCAUGAAGUGAACAUUUUCGCAAUCUGCCAAACGCAAUGGCUACCAAGCAUCAUAAUUUAGUAGCUCGGAUAUGGAAUGAGUGUUUAAAAUGAAAUAUACUUGUUUAUGUAA